AUGUUUUGGGUUUGGACAAUUGUGAUGUUUAAGUUCUGCAUUGACUCGACGCGUUCACAAACUUUGGACAUUACUAGACUCAACAGUGGUUUGGAUACUUUCAAUGUCCCACCUUCAAUAUGCAGUAAUCCUAGCACUGUAUGCAGCUCAUACAAUGCUGUAGGUUCUACUUGUUCCUGCUCAUGCGCUGCUACCAGGUCAACGUUCACAUGUUUCAACAACCAAUGGCAGUGUUUGACAAACGCAGCAGCGAGAAAACAUUUCCAAACAGGUAAGCGAAUGACAAUUUUAGCCCUUGCUCUUCGCAUUUGCAGCCAAAAUACAGGUGAUUGAGAGUGAUUCAAAGAGAGUGUUUUAGGAGUGAUUGUAAGGAAUUAAGUAUUUACAGAGACGUUUGAUUGGCUAAACCGAACGUUCUUUUAAACGGAAAAGGCCAUUUUUUUUUAGAGAACGUGGUUGCUUUCUCGUCUCUGAUGGUAAUUCUAAAUUAGAAACGUUCGAAGUGGCCAAUGCGUAGACAUCAAUACGCAUUACAAAAUUUUGACGAUUAAGCACCAAACUGCAAAUCCUUGUGCUGUGGUCCACACGUUUAUCAAAUGAAUCGAGAGUUAACCAUCAUCGCAAAGGCAAAUUAAAAAAAAAAGAAAAAAAAAUUCGUCGGGGUCGUUGCGUCAAAAAGCUGCCUUAAAAAACGUAUGGAAUAAUCAGGCGAUAUGCACUUGAAAUCACCAGCUGUUCAAUAUUCUGUUUAUUCGGAUCAUAGCAGCAAAGGAUAAACAAAACCUCCAAAUCCAUAAUCUAAUGUGAACGUCGUCUCUAAAUAAUUAGUGAUAAAUUGAAGAUGGGUAUAACAAUUAAGUAACACGCAUAAUACAUCCUUUGUGUUAAAACCAAUAACCUCGUUGAAACAAUUUAAUAAACAAGUAGACAUUUCCACAUGGAAGCCGGGGGUCGUGAAAUUGUAUUUUUUUGCACGGUACGAAGGUAAUUUAUUGAGGAUAACCUUUUUUUUUUUAAUUCUGAUUCCUCAUGGUACACUUAGUGAAACAGUUUGUAUAUUAAAAGUCUACAUGCAUCUACAAAAAAAUUUCGUUUUUUCUGUUUCUUGAUUUUGCAGAUAAACCGGAGUAAAUAUCGCGACAAAUAUUGUUAAAAACGCUAGAUGAUUGGGCUGUUACACAACAUAACUGAUAAUUAUAUCAAUCGACUGUGAACUGAACCAUUUCCAUUUAAAAGAUUUACCCUGACAAAGCUAAAAACGCAAAAUGAUACGUGGAAAUCUCUACGAUCAUUACAAAUUGAAGGCAGUUAACGCUACAAAAACUGCCAAGUAACUUGAAUGGUCGAUAAGAACUUUUACUUUUGCCAAUAAAUUUUUGACCCAAUGGAAAUGGAAAUCCUUCAAGAGAAUAAAGGGAGAGUUAAUGAAGGUUAACGUAUUUUGAUUAAUUUCAAUAUUUCAUGUUAUUAGGGCAAGAUGUGUAAGUAAUUGUCCCAUUCCUCCAUUUUUAACUCCUUAUGACGUCAAUUCGUUUUGUGUAGCAGCAAUCAAUUGAUAAGUAGCGUCAAGAUGGAUAUUUUAACGCACGAAAGAUACUGUCAGUGUCUUUAAUUAGUGGCUCAGUUAAACUUAAAUUCCUACUGAAAGUUUGACUUUCUUAAUCAUUCACACUCCUUAGGUUGCGAUGGGACGACUACAUUCUCCAGUGAAAAUAGAGAUGGGCGUUUACCAACAUUAGCCAUUGGCCAGAGGAGGGAAAUUUCGUUGGAGUACUGGCUUUGGGAAGCGUGGACAUGUUCUUGGGAUUUGCCAUCUUCAUGGUCUAUGGGAUGUGAUGGUUCUAAAUAUCUGUUUAGGAAUCAGGUAUAUAACGCUUCCGCCCGACUCUUUUCAAUUACGAGGAGUUCGCCGACAGCUCCAUAUUUCCUUCAGGUAUGAACAUGAGUCAAAUGUAAUGAAGAUAUAUAAUAUAUAUAUAACCUAUCACAAGCAUCUUUUAGAAGACACUCCCUUCACAACUCAAUAAAUACAGUACCACAAGUGAAGAGUAAAACAAUAUGUUUUUCGUCUCUCACCUAUAUUUCGGCCGUGUUAAACGGCCUUCAUCAGGGUGAAUGGCCGUUACAAGCAUCACACACCAUUAUAACAUAUUGUUUUACUCUUCACUUGUGGUACUGUAUAUAUAUAUAUAUAUAUAUAUAUAUAUAUAUAUAUAUAUAAAAUUGUCCCAAGCAUCUCUCUCUCCCGUCCUCAUAGUCACCCUGAAGAAGAUCACUGAAUGUGAUCGAAAUAUAGGUGGAUUGAAAGAAACUGUUUUCUGUCUUCAUUUGUGAUUAAGAUAUAUAUAUAUAUAUAUAUAUAUAUAUAUACAUAACACAAAUGAACUGAAACCAGUGAAAGAAAGAAAUAAAUGAACACAAGUGAAACUCUAAAAAUUGCCUUGAACGGGAUUUGAACCCGCGUCCUCGACUUUCUAGUGCCGAUGUGUUAACCACUACACCACCAAGACAACCACGCUAACGCGCAGUCGAAUUGAAGGCUUUAUGGCUCACGGGACUCCCCAAACAAUUUUUUAGAGUUCACAGAGGCCACUGGAAGGUGCUAACACAUAUAUAUCUAUAUAUAUCUAUCUACGUUGAUUUUUCUGAAAAUGGUUCGAAGUGCUCAGGAUAUUUUUUCUACAGGAGAGAAGAACCCCUCUGCGUGUCCGAAGUUGUUUAUUUACUCGAAUAAAUCCAACUUUGAAAGUGAACUUUUACAAUUUUUUGCAAAUCUUUUCUUUUUUUUCCAAAGGUGAACUCUGGUGUUCAAGAUAGUCAUUUACUGAAGGGAAAAGUCAUCAACCUGGUCAUGGACUGUACUGCAGCAUGGCUUGGAAACCAAAUUGUAAAUUUGAAGAGCUGCUUGGUGUUCAAAUUGGAAGGGACGGAAACUUGUAAGCUUGUUUCUCAUUUCUAACAUACGCUUUGCCAUACUUGUAAUAACUGUUAAGGUCUACCAUUCGCUCUAUUUUGAUGUGAAAACAAGAGCAACAUCGAGUAACAACAAACAAGAACAUCUCUCAAUUAUCUUGAGAUCCGUAAACUAAUACUUUCGUUGCUGUUCUUAAUUCUAAUUGUUGAAUUUGAUUUUUUUUUCCACGUAAGGUUUGCAAUUUUCUUUAAAAAAAAAACAACAAAAAAAAAAAACGCUUUAUCCACCGGCAUGUCUAUAUACUAUCGUUUACGUUUAAUGUCCUGUAACACGCUUUUAUCAUUUUAUCAGGUUCUGUUCAUAAGCCAUCAAACUCUACAAAUUCUUCGAGCUAUGUGGCAUCGUUAUCAAUGUCACGCAUUGAAACACAGACACCAAUCAUCUCGUCGAGCGUUUCCGUGGCAAAACCCCUCACAGUCCUUGGUACUACACCGGCAUCCUAUUCAUCUGUAACAUCACUGACCACUUCGCAUGCUACGUCGGUAAUUCCCACGACCUCGCCCAUCACUUCUAAUUGGUCACCUACAAGCACUAUAGUAACAGCUCUCCAUACUUCAUCCACAGCCUUUAAGUCUUUACCAGAAACUUCCAGUAUUCUACUGGGAAUCUCAACCUCUGAGGUUACACCGUUCUCCAUCAGAUGGUCCUCUAAAUCCGAUGCUACAGUAAGAACAGUCUCCAGCUCAAUAAAAUUAGGGUCAAUCAAAGCAUCAACUACUUCGGUGACGCAUUUGAGAGCAGCCUCAGAUAAGUGGUCAACAACGCGCGGUAUAACAGCGACAGUUAGCACUCUUGCAAUACCUCUCGAUGCUUCAUCGAAAGUAACAAUUGUACCUAAAGUAAUUGAGGUUUCACCUACAACAAGACCUACAGAGCCAGGUGUUAAUCCAACCUCCUUUGAACAGAAUGUAAGUAAAUGUAGAUAAAGUAAGACUUAGGCUGUGUUCGAUUGAUCGUAUUCCGGAAUAAGAAGAUGUAAAAGUCUUGUCGGAAAUCUCUUCAACCGUAAUUUUUGGGUCACUUAAGGUCGCUAUAUACAUCGGGAUAUUUCAUUUCAAGCAUAUUUCUAGCUAUUGCAAAGCGAUAAACAACAAAUUUUGUGUUUUUAGAGUUUAUCUUUUUAAUUGUUAUUCUGAAAUACGUUCACACGAACAUGCCCUUUAAACCAGUUAGGUAUAAACAAGAAACCAACAAAGACUUAACGCUAAGACAGAUACUUUUUUUUGAUCAUAAAGAAUUCUAAUUUCCAUUUCAUUAUCCAGAAGUGUGUGUUAUUUGAAUUUAAAUGAUAGUCACAAUUAUUCAUAACUUUAUUCGUCGAUCUCUCAAAUCACCUACGAUGGAGGACUGAUCUCGUAUUUAUUUGUUGUUUUCCCAGAUUCCUCCCAACGUUAGCAGUGGGCGAAGGAGCAACAGAAACCGUUUAGUCAUUGGCCUCCUUGUAGGGAUAAUGGCAGCCGUCAUCUUAACUGUUAUCGUUAUUGCACUUCUCAUCCAGAAACGUCGCAAUUCAAGGUAAUGAAUCAGUGACCAAACAAAGAAAAUAUAAUGAGCAUAAACAGAAGGAAAAAUCAACAACAACCCUCGUUAACGUUAUGGUGUAUUGUUAUUAAAAAUGGCUUGCAAAGGCAUGGUCCUCAAAUUUUACAAUAUCUGUGCCAUAAAUAAGAGGAGAUUUUUAGCGAAAUCUAAGGGUAAGAGCACUCCCUUUUAAGCACUGAAUUUUAACUACACGACCGGAAAAUACAUUUAGAGGUUGGGUAAUGUGCUUAUUACUUGAAACCACUAUCAAUUUCGAGCUGGUGAACUGAUAACGUACCGGACCUUAAAGACUGCUGAAAUGUACAAAACCAAAAUAUGUUUAACCGUUAAACAAAAGUGUGAUUAGUGGUUUUCGUUAUUGGAGCUAUUUUCGGGUCUAAGCUCAUAGACUAUUUGUUUUAUCAACAGAAGUACAUACCGUCCAAGAUCCGUGAGUGAAGAAACAAAGGUAGGACUAGAUGGAAAACUGUUUUAAAUUCUGCAGACAAAAGCUUGACUUUUUACCAAGCCAGCUAGUAAGUAAACUGAAUACUACGAGUACUAACAGAACAUAAGCAACGUUGGAGGAUUUCUGGGUGGAGCCACAGUAUAUUUUUGGAAAUAUUAAGAAUAGUGACAUGGAUAUGUGCAAACGAAACUGAUGUUAUGUGUGUAUUUUGACCAGAUUUCAGUAUUAAUGAGCCCGCGAACAAAGUCAGUGCAAGAGACAGGUGAAGAUGGAAGUGAUCCCAACACACUUAAACGAUCACGUGAGUAACUCUCGUUGUGGUGAUUUCUUAUAGCCUUCAUGUAAUGGUAUUCAUCUCAGAUGACUUUCUGAAUCCCUAUCCUUUUUUUUGUAAGUUAUUGCACUAUUGGUCAUCGUAGACAUCGUAUGAAACAAGAACGGUGUUGUGAACUUCCUUUGCAACCCUUUGCACCGCUAGCGUAAAUUUUAAUCGGUAUGGCGUGUAAUAAGAUUACAUUCUUUCCCAAAAACAGUCCUGGUACAAUUCAAUCCAAUACCGACCCAGGCCCAGACGCAACAUCGCCACCUCGCGGUCAUCACAUUCCCCAGUCCAGAAACUAAAAGGGAACGGAUAGAAGCGCCAUUUAUUAUUGGUUAAUGGUUGCUUUGAAUAUCCUAAAACCAAUAAUUACUAACGCUUGUCCACCCAAACGAUCCCAGGAAUUGUUGCGCCGAAAGCUUGUACCCAUUUCCCAUAUUAUACUACUACACGAGGAAUUUCUGCAAUUUGAUUGGCUUAGAGCAGUGGUAUUUCAGCUUAAUUUGAAAUACCUACAAGUGAAAAUUACAAACCCUAUGCGGUUAGUAGUAUAAACAAUUAAUAGCAUGAUUUGUACGUGAUAUUUGGCAUAAAUACCACUCGUGAUAUUUCAAAAUUGUCUCAAAUUUCACUCGCCUAACGGCUCGUGAAAUUACGUAUAACAAUUUUGAAAUAUUACUCGUGGUAUUUAUGCCAAAUAUCACUACAAAUCAUGCUAUUACCUAUACUAAUUUCAGUAGAGGGAAAUUGUGUGGCUCUCCAUUUAACUGUGAUGCUUACUGCAUGUAUUUCUAUCUGCUUGUCUCAUACUUUUUGUUAUCCUUCUUAUCUUAUCCCAAGAAACGUCGUUAGUUCUAUUAAAACAUAAUAUUUCUUUUGAUCUUAUAUGGGUUUUUGAACUGUUCGUUCCAGCCAUGUACAUGCCAAACUACCGCAUUCCCUUGUGGCAGGAUGAAGAAGACAACACCUGUGUGUAUGCAGUCCUCCAUUUCCCCGAAGGUGUAGAUGGUAGGGUCAGGACUGGAGAGGAACCAAUCUAUAACGUUCUUGAAGAGCCAGCUACGAACAAUGAAGAAGGGAUUAAAAAUGGCCAGCUCAUCGAGACGGACGAAGAUGUCUUUCAUGUCAUUGAUGACAAAACUGGCGGAGACUCCGGACCAGGCGCUUAUGAUAAUCAUAUCUAUUCAGAGGUAGUACGUAAACCUAAAAGACGAACAGCCAUUAAAAGUAAGGGCCCUGGUAACUAUUCACAACAUUCACAAGAUACACUACGAAAGGCUUUGGAGCCUUAUAUGAGAAGCGCAGAGGAAUCAGACCAAGACGAAACCCCUGAUACAGAAAAUGCCAUCUAUUUCACUCUGGAGAAGUGUUUCUCGGAUAGCUUUAAGGCGGCUAAUAAUGAUUCCGUAGAUGACAAGACAUCCGCUGGAAAAACCUUGAAAGGACCAGAUCAAUACAAGGCCGUCUGCACUGAGGCAUUAGUCUUCUGCACAAAGAGGUCUGGCUCUAGAAGAUCCAUUAACAACAACAAUGAAGCUAGAUUUACAAUUGAGCAAGUGUUCGACGAUUUAGAGGCACGUUAUCUUCAAGGGACAGGAGUACCAGAGAAAGCUUCCUCAGGCCAAGCAGAAACCACCUCAGAACUUGAAAUGGACAACUUAAAGAAAGCUCGGAGUGACUCAAAGAAAGUAAAUGAAUCUGUGUACAACUUUUUAGAAGAGGUUUGCCGACAAGGGCUUCCAACCUUUCAGUCUGUCUCAAGCCAGGAAGGGCCCGUUUACUUCACACUGAAGAGAUUAAAAUCAAAUCACUCCAAAGCAACAAGAAUGAGACCAAAAUGGGCUGCUGAAACUGGUUCAAUUGCUUUGGAAGAACGUUUCCUUAAGCGUGCAGAAGGAUGUGACCUGAGAGAUGGCACCUCAGCAGAAAAGCCGGUCUUCUUUACACUGGAAAGUUGUUGUUCAGAUAGCUUAACAAGAGACAAAAGUGAUACUAUGCACGCAAAUGAACCAGUUAGUCAAGGUUUAGAGGAACGUUACCUUAAAAGAGCAGAGGGACCUGGCCAAAGCUUUACAUCGAGAAGGAAUGAUCUCAACAAUUUAGAAAGGAUUUAUUCUGAUAGUUUCAAGAUCCCGAACAGCGAGUCCCAUUGUUAAAGUGACGCGGUUUACCAGGUUUUGUAGUAAGACUAGGCAAACGCAUAUCAUCAUUUUGAGAGGAAAUAAUUUCACCUUUUAAUGAGCAUAAGGAAUGACAAUCUUGACGUAAUUGGUGAAAUUAUUCUAGGUAGUCCAUUGUUUCCUCUAUCACAAUGGCAUAUCAUAUAUAUGACUCAUCUGAUAUUAAAACAAACUGGAUAUUUCUAGAUGACAACAACUUUGACAAGGGGCUAAAUAUAUUUGUCCUUCUAAGCAUAAUCGAGACUUUUAAAUCAAGUAACGGAGACAAAUUUUUGCGUCUUGUAAAUUUAUGGUGAUACGGUUGAUGGUUCAGAAAGGCAUCUCCUUGAACUUUAGAGAUUUAUGGUUACGGUAAAUUUUAAUUUCUGAAGUCUUCUAAUAAAUACGAACAUAAAUACAUAAAGAUCGUCCAUGUUUGCUGUGUGUGUUUUCUCAACGUUAGUUUUCCUUCGAUAUUUCUAAAUAUACAGCUACUCAAAGGCAGUUGCCUAAUAUCGCACAAGGAAUUCGUUGUGGACUGUUCAUUCGACCCAUACACCCCGGGGGGAAUUUUUGGUUUCGUCAGUUAAUAACUGUUUUAUUUUAUUUAUAACAUUUUCUUAAAGAAUGAUUUUGUUCCAAGCAUAUCGCGAAAUGCGUAUGCAACAGAUUCCUUUAAAAAAAAUAUUCAAGAAUCAUAGAACCC